ACAAAUCCAAUGCUUGAUUCUCAACCUUUGUCUAAUGUCAUUAUGGGAUCAGUUUGGGGUCUAUUCAUCCUAACCCUCCUAAGAUAGACAUGUCCUCAUCAGUUGGGAUAACUGUGACACAUUCAUUGAAGCAAAGAAUUUGGCAUCAUGAGUUCAUUGAGUUGAGUAAGUUAUUGCAAGACAACAAUGAUAGUGAUGAAGAUAAUGAUGUGAAGGUCACAAUGGUAUAUGGGGAAGGUAAACAUGUUUAUAUGGAUUGGUUGAAAGCUUUUUUGAUAUUCACAAAAAUUUACUUGUCAGUCUACCCAACAGAGGCAGGUGAAUUGACACCAUAUAUUGCCCUUAUACAGUCACUAAAAACAGAGGGAAGGAUGAAUCAGCGGUGUUCUUGGGGGGGGGGGUUCUUGACCAAGUUAGCUAUCAUAAGUCACUCAACCUGCCCAAGGGCUGUUUUGAUACAGAAACCCAGAAAACCUCUAAAAAGAAAUGGAACUACAAAAGUAAUUCUGGUCAAAAGGGCUCGGGUGAUUGGAGCGUGACUAAGGUGGAUUGUAAGAAGGAAGACACAGAUAAAGAGGAAGAGUUAGUGAAGCCUGUCACCUUUGUAUCGGAAGGGCACUGUUUCAACUAUCACAAAGGGGUAUAUUGUGCUGGAGGGAUGCAAUGUAAGGGCAGUCAUUUAUGCCCUGCAUGUAAAAAAAA